AUGGCCACCAACGGCCCACCUCUCGGCAGCACCGAUCCAGCUCGAUGGAGGCUCCGAGUCUCCGACGGCGGUCGUCACGUCUGGCACUACCUUCGCGAUGACGCCGAGGCCCAAGCGUGGCCGCAGUCCGUCGAGGACAAGUACUGGCUCGGUCUCUCCACCGGCCUGCCCAACCUUUCUCCCGCCAAAACCCCCCUCGAUGCCGCCAAGAACGGUCUCUCCUUCUACCGCCACCUCCAAUCCACCGACGGUCACUGGGCGGGCGAAUACGGCGGACCCAUGUUCCUCCUCCCCGGAAUCAUCAUCGGCAUGUACGCUACCAAAACCCCCAUCCCUGAAGAGUGGAAGAUCGAGGUCGUUAGGUACCUCUGGAACCGAGCCGACAAGGCCGACGGCGGCUGGGGGAUCCACAUCGAAGGCUGCUCUACCGUCUUCGGCACCGCCCUCAACUACACCGUCCUGCGUCUCAUCGGUGUUUCGGCGGAGCAUCCGAUGAUGGUCAAGGCGCGGGCGACGUUGCACAAGCUCGGCGGAGCCGCUGGUAUUCCAUCGUGGGGGAAGCUGUGGCUGGCGAUACUCAACUGCUACGAGUGGGAAGGAAUGAAUCCGAUCCCACCCGAGCUGUGGUUGUUGCCGGACUGGAUGCCGAUUCACCCCUGGAGGUGGUGGAUCCACACACGCAUGGUGUACAUCCCCAUGGGAUACCUCUGGGGUAGGAAGUUCAAAGCGCAGAUGGAUCCACUCAUCGCUUCGUUGCGAGAAGAGCUGUACACUCAACCGUACGAAUCCAUCGAUUGGCCGGCGCAGAGGGGCAACGUCGCCGCUGUCGACGUAUUCUACCCGCACACCAAAACGUUGAAGACGCUCAUGGCGGUGGUGGGAGCCUACGACAACUGUCACAUCCCUCCGCUGAGGAAAGCAGGUAUCAAACGCGCCUACGAACUGCUCGUGCUCGAAGACGAAAACACCUCGUACCAGUGCCUGGGUCCCGUCAACAAGAUGCUCAACUACGUAGCUCGGUGGGACGUCGAAGGGCACGACAGCCACGCCAUGCGCAUGCACCGCGAAAAGCUGAAAGAUUUCAUGUGGAUCGGUGCCGAGGGGAUGAUGAUGACCGGAACCAACGGAUCGCAGCUGUGGGACACGAGUUUCAUCGCACAAGCCAUGGUGGAUUCCGGACUGGCUGCUUCUGCGGAAAACCGUCAACUCACAUCGAAAAUGCUAGACUGGUUGGACUCGUGUCAGAUCCGCGACAACCCGAAACACUUCCAAACCUGCUAUCGAUUCGCCACCAAGGGAGCAUGGCCCUUCUCGACCAAGGAGCAGGGCUACGUCGUCUCCGACUGCACAGGUGAAGGCCUCAAAGCCGUCAUCAUGCUCCAACAGAACGUCCCCUACCUCUCGCGCAAAGUCUCCGCCGAGAGAAUGCACGACUCGAUCGACCUCCUCCUCACCAUGCAAAACCCCGGCGGUGGCUUCGCCUCGUACGAAACCAUCAACGGCCCCGCCCUGCUCGAACUCAUCAACCCCGCCGAAGUCUUUGGCGACAUCAUGAUCGAAUACUCCUACCCGGAAUGCACCACCUCCGUCGUCACCGCUCUCCUCAAGUUUACCAAGAUCGACGAAUAUCGGAAAGAAGAUAUAAGGAAGUGCGUUGAUGCUGCAGUCAAGUACAUCUUGAAGGCGCAGAGGAGGGAUGGAAGUUGGUUCGGAUCGUGGGCCAUCUGUUUUACAUACGCGACCAUGUUUGCGGUGGAAAGUCUGAUGUUGGCGGGACAUACGUAUGAGAACAGCGAACCGAUCAGAAGGGCAUGCGCGUUUUUGGAGGAGAAACAGAUGGAUGAUGGCGGUUGGGGUGAAACGUACAAGGACCGCAUCAAAAGGGCCGUCAGGGUCAUCAUGGAUCGUCAACUUGCAGAUGGCUCGUGGGCGCAAGAACAGAUCGAAGGCAUCUUCAACAGGUAUGUUUCAACGAACAACGAGAAUCAGCGCGAAACAAAGACACGGUUUCGGUUGCUGACAUCCUUCUCUUGCUGCUGUACGAUGUUCUCGGUUGAUGUCGAUAUCCGGCCACUGCAGAAAUUAAUGUCGUCAGGAUCAAAUCGAAAGGGCCUGUUGCCCACAUCGCAGGACAACUCGUCAACAUCCACGUCCGACGCUCACAACGCACCUCCGCCCGUUCAGCGCAGAUCCUCACAGCCGCUCCCAGGCAUCUCGGCAACCGCUUCCUCCCUCCGCAGCCGCAGAGCAGGGUCCACUUCCACGGGUUCUUCCUCGUCCAGCUCCAAACAGCAACACAUCGAUGACAACGACUUUGACGACGAGACGCCAGGCGACUACGAUCCUGGCACAAAACCUUCCACCACAAACAGAUCCAAAUCACCUGGCAACUUGCUAAGAGCUGCGUUGGUGCCCGGAUCAUCGCAGAAUACAACUCCAAAGACAAGCUCGAAUGCACCGGCUUCAGCGCCAAAGAAGCCGACGGCGCCUUCUGCUCCUCUGUCGCCUCCUCCGGUCCCCUCGAAUCGCUACAAAGGUACACCCGCCCGUGCGACGCGCUACUCGCUUCCUGUCCGCACAGAGAAGCCGGUUAGAACUACAAAGACCUCUGGCAAACACGUCGUGCUUCCAUCCGAGUCGCAGCUUGCUCCCUUGCCUGACGAGGAGGAUGAGGAUGAUGAUGAAGAUGACGACGAUGACGAUGACGACGAAGAGGAUGGCUCCGACGAGGAAGAGGCUAGCGACGACGAAACUGCUCCUUCGGCUCCAGCUGGCACUGCAUCCGCUACGCCUGCGCUCAUCACUCCCGCCAAGCCCCCCGCCAAGGUGCCCGUCAUCACGCCACGACCCGGUCCGACCAUUCCUUCGAAUCGACACACGGCUGCACCUCCCGUCUCGGGAAAACUCGUCACGCCAGCCUCCAAGAGUUCGCAGCGACCCGCCGCCUCCUCUGCGCUCGCCCGUGCCGCCGCCUCCUCCGUCUCUGCCGCUCAGGCACGCCAGGUUCAAUCCGCCAAGCCCAAAGCCGCCACCACGUUCCGCAACGCUGCCAGCCGCGCACCCCCGCUUCGACCUCACAAGUCGGGCCCCGUCUACCACACCUUCGAACGCAUGCCUCCCAGCGCCAGACUCAUGACCCCGCUGCCGCGUGUGACCGCAUUCAGCAUCUCAACCUCGAUCCACCUCGGUACGCUGCUCGGCUUCCUCCGUCGCGAGCACGGCGUCAAGCCACGGCUGUACGACGAGUGCGCAUACGCCGUCUACACCAAGCCGCUCCUGCCCGGGUUCGGACGUGCAAACGUUCGCUCUGCCCCGGAACCGCGUUCUGCCAGCCCCGGUGCCGAGUCGCGCAGGGAGAGGGAGUUGGAGCAGCGCGAAGAGUUCGGCUACCUGGGGACGUACUUUGAGCAUCGGCAGGAGGAGGAGGAGGACAUCGACCAGGACGGCUACAUCAAGGGUGGCGAGGGUCGAGGGUCUGAUAGCGAGACGAGGAGGCGAGGCGCUGGCGAUGGACGCGGUGGUGGAGGAGGCGACGGUGGUGGGGGAGAGACGUCUGCGUGGGAGAGCGAGGCGGAGAGGUGGACGCCGGGAGAGAGACGUGCUAGUCGCGAACGCGAUGCGGAUGAGGCCGAGGCGGUGGCGAAUGCCGCGCAUCAGCAUGCACGUCACGAAUCCGUGGAUAGCAGCACACACCCUGUCAGCAGCAGUCUCGAGGAGGACGAGGGGAUGCUCGCGACGCCUCUGGCUCGACCUGUCGCUCCACCGCGCCGGCUUUCGGGGGACAGCGAUGCUGACGAGGUGCGUCCGUUCCUGCUCGAGCGUCGACGUGGAAGUCAGAGCUCCGUGUCGGACGUCGAGGCGCUUCCGGCGUACGAGCAGGGUGUUGCCGGUUCGCCGGUGGACGUUGCGACGGACAAGAGCGAGCUCGCGAUGAACAAGGACGAUUCGGCCGGCGCCAGGGAUAUGAUGAUGCAGCAGAGGGCGGAGGAGAGGGGCGAGGCCGAGAUGAUGGCGCAUUCCUACCGGUCGAACGAGCUGGGGUUGGUGUCGGAUGUUGAUGAGGGCGGGAAUGGGUCGCGUGGAGACGCGGGUCAAGACAGCAUGGGUCGUGAAGAUGCGGUUGGGACGAUGCGAUCGGUUGGUGGCGAGGAUGUUGGUGGAAUUGGGACGGGCAACGGUGGCGAGCGCGGUCAAUCCGAUCGCGGUGCCGAACAGCAAGCAGAAGCACAGCAGCAAAAGGACCGUCGAGCACGCAAGCUCAAACCGCGUCGUCGCAAACGUCGCUACGCAGGACCCAACAUGGCCUCGCACAACCACGACACCUCUGCGAAUCUCAACACUCCACGACCCAUCCUCGAAGCCUUACAAUCUGCCGAACUCGUCAUCCUACCCUAUGGCGUUUUGGUGAUGUACAACUUCUCGGCUGCGGAAGAACGGAGCAUCAUCCAAGACGUUUUGUCGUCAGGGUGCGCCCGGGAACCUAUGGACGAAGCAGCGCGCGAAACGGAAGCCUUCCACUUCUGCUACGACCCCAACAUCUCCGCUCCACGCAUCUUCAACGACUUCUUCACCUUCCGCGCUCCCAACCACCUGCUCAAGCUGAGCUUGGCUCACGCCAUCGCCCAGUCGACCAAACUCUCCGUGUUCGAGGAGAGCAUGCAGUCGACACUGGAGCUCACCUCGCACAUCCCCAAGGAGAUGGCAUCCAGUGGAGAGCUCAAGUUGAAGAGGAGGGAGGCGCUGAGGUUGACAGGAAGGCUGUUUAAGCUGAGGGUGGAUGUGAAUUUGACCAGCAACGUGCUGGAUACCCCGGAGCUGUUUUGGUCCGAGGCGAGUCUCGGUGGACUGUACGCCGCCAUCAGGGAUUAUCUCGAGGUGGACGAGAGGGUGGAGAAUCUCAACGAGAGGUUGGCUGUGGCGAACGAUUUGCUGGAGAUCAUCCAUGAACAUAUCGCCAACACGGCGAUGAGUAAGAUGUAA